AGUGGUGCAGGAGCCCCGCCUACCGCCAUGUGGCUGGAAGGGAGGGAGUGAAGGCAUGGAGCCAGCCAGGCCCUAUUUCUCCCAUCUCAGCACCGAGCUUGCUUUCUUGGGAUCAAAGCCAGAGGAGAAGCCAGCAGAGCUGGAGACCAUCGGGUACUGUGGGUGACCACUGUCCAAGUGCCAGCAAGUGCUGGGGUGCAGGGACCACCAUGGGUGCUGGGAGGCAUGGAGGCUUCUCCCAGCCUUCCCUCCUGUCCCACCUGUGUCCUGAGGACGCCUUCGGGGAGCCCACUAACGGCGCUCUGUGUGCCCCCUGUGGGACCUGUUCCACCACAACAUUGCUAGUGGUCACACUGGUGUCAGUGGCCUUGGUGCGUGGCACUGGAGGAAAUGGGGAAAUGGGGCAGGGGCCCGGCUGCAGGGUUGUGGGCUGCUCACCAGAACCAGUACUUACCUUGUCCUCUGGCCUGGGGUGGAAAUUCCUCCUGCUGAGCAGUGCGGGUCUGUGCAGCACUUGCGGGGGCAGUUGGGGAUCAUCAAAUCUGUUCCCCGGGAGUGUCAGCCUGAAGGAGCCCUGUUUGAGCUGCUGAAUUGGUUUGGGACCCAGUAGGGUCCCUUCCUUGCCAAAAGAUAAGGGUUUAGAAAACUCAGGUCUUCCAUGACAAAGGCUUCUGUGCUUGGGUGUAGGCCAGUGCAGAAGGGAGUAACAGAAGAGGAAGAGGACAGGAUGGAUGGUGAUGGUGGCCUUGGGGGACAGGGAGGAGAGAGAACUGGCUUUACCCCUCCUUGCCCUGCACACAUCUGUUUGAGUCUUUUACAGUGGAAACAAGUAUAUGUGUUCGUGGGGCAAGUUUCUAAACCCACGAAGGAUGCCCCCACCUGGAGAAGAGUGGGGGCUGCCUUCAUCUUAGGCCGUGCUACCCAGGGAUACACCUGAUGCCAGGAUAUUUUUCAAGGGGUGGCUUUGCUCUGGAGUUAGCUUUAGAAUUGCCAGUCCUGCCCUGUGUGCUUCCAUAGCCCUCUCUGAUGGGCUGGCUUCCUUUUGCCAGAGUGAGAGGGUGAGUGACCGGCUCGGUGACCCGGGUGGCCUUGCCUGCCCUCCCCUCCGAGCCCCGCCUCCCCUUGGGGAGCUGGUCAGUGCGAAGUGCAGGCUUUGUGGGAGGUUACCAGCCCAGGACUCCCCUGGGCCAUAUUCCACCUCUGCCUUGCUCCUGCUUCUUUGAUUAACGUUGACUGUGGCUACUUUCGUGCUUCACGUGCAGGGUUGAGUAGUUACGACUGUGACCACGUGGCCUGUGCAGCCUACGUUAUUUACCGUGUGGCCCCGGGCAGGAAAAUUUGCUGGCCUGAGAGUAGAUGGCUGGCCCCUUUCCACAUGCAGUGGUUCCUGACAGUUCUCAGAGCUGACCCGUUCGAUGUCAGGGGUUUUCCAGAGCCAGAUGAUGGUUUUCAGGUGUCCGAUUCUGCCCCACCUACCCCUGGGGUGAUCUUUGAUCUAAUCAAGAUCUGGCUUUUCCUCUAGCAAGGCCGCUCUGGUCCAUAGAUUCCCUGACUGGAAUCCGCUGGCCCUGGCUGUGUGGGGCCAAGGCAGCCUGCCCCGUUCUCCCUUGUCAGGCUUUCAUUUUCCGUUUCUCAUCCUCUUUAUAAAAACAAUGAGAUGCAAUGAAGCCAGGUGCUGCAGAGAGGCUGUGGCAAGGCAGAGGGGAUGACCCAGAGACCCUUGUCCUCUGGACGCCCUGCGGUGCCCCCACCAAGCACCAACCUGUGAUUCUAGCUGCUCCAUCUCACCAGGAGACUUCUGGGGCAAAGGCUGUUCGAAAAGCUGAUGAAGAUGACCUUCUAUGGGCAGUUUGUGGCCGGCGAGGACCAGGAGUCCAUCCGGCCCCUGAUCCGGCACAACAGGGCAUUCGGAGUGGGCUCCAUCCUGGACUACGGGGUGGAAGAGGAUCUGAGCCCUGAGGAGGCUGAGCGCAAGGAGAUGGAGUCCUGUACGUCCGCUGUAGAGAGGGAGGGCAGUGGUACGAGUAAGAGGGAGAAGCAGUACCAGGCCCACCGGGCCUUUGGAGACCGCAGGGAUGGUGUCGUCAGCGCCCGCACCUACUUCUAUGCCAGUGAAGCCAAGUGUGACAGCCACAUGGAGACAUUCUUGCGCUGCAUCGAGGCUGCAGGCGGAGCCAGUGAUGAUGGCUUCUCAGCCAUCAAGCUCACUGCACUGGGGAGACCUCAGUUUCUGCUGCAGUUCUCAGAUGUGCUGACCAAGUGGAGACGAUUCUUCCACCAAAUGGCUGCAGAGCAAGGGAAGGCUGGUCUGGCUGCCAUGGAUACGAAGUUGGAGGUGGCCGUGCUGCAGGAAAGUGUGGCAAAGAUGGGCAUCGCCUCCAGGACGGAGAUUGAGAACUGGUUCACUGCGGAGACCCUGGGCGUGUCUGGCACCCUGGACCUGCUGGACUGGAGCAGCCUCAUUGACAGCAGGACCGAGCUCUCCAAGCACCUGGUGGUCCCUAACAUGCAGACAGGACAGCUGGAGCCUCUGCUGUCACGGUUCACUGAGGACGAAGAGCUGCAGAUGACGAGGAUGCUGCAAAGGAUGGACAUCCUGGCCAAGAAAGCCACGGAGAUGGGUGUGCGGCUGAUGGUGGACGCCGAGCAGACCUACUUCCAGCCGGCCAUCAGCCGCCUGACCCUGGAAAUGCAGCGCAAGUUCAAUGUGGGGAAGCCACUCAUCUUCAACACGUACCAGUGCUACCUCAAGGUACAGCCCCUGCCUGCCGUCUCCCUGCCGGCCCUCGGGUGAGCGGAGGCCCCUCGUGUAAGUCCCGUGCUGGUGUUGGGGAGAGGCCUCUACCUGAGCAUGAUGGACUCCGAGCAGGAAGAAAGGCCCAGGGCCCUGUCUCCAGCUGUGUACCUGCCCCUUCUCUGGGCCUCAGAUCCCAGAUGGGUGUAGAGGGGUAGGAGGAAGGUGAAGUUGCCUUUUUACGGUCUGCUUCAUGUGCCUUAAUCCCCAAAUUUGGAAGGCCUCACGCGUCACUGGUUUUUCCUGCCAUUUUUUAGUUCGGGUCCCAUCGGAUCAGAUGGUUCAUGGGACUGGCAACUUCUGGUUGCCUCCCCACAGAAAGACUUGCUCAGGAUUUUGCAUGUACCUCUGGGAGCCCCGGGGUGCUUCAGGGUGGGAUUGCUGAGCACGAACCUGGGCUGGGCUGCUCUGGGACCAGGCAGGUAUUUGGAAGACAAUGGUGUGGGAUGGGUGUCAA